UAACUAGCUACCUACCAAUAUGAAAACCCUCGCAGUACUCUUAUUCGCACUUUCCCUCUAUCUCCUUCCCAACCCAACUCACUCUACGUUCAAUCCCAUCCGCCUUCCCACCGCUGACGACACUCCGGUGCUGGACACCGACGGAGACGCGCUCCGGGCCGGCGAAACUUACUUCAUAACCUCCACCGGACGGGGAGCCGCCUCCGGAGGAGUGGGACUUGCCUGGUUAGAUUCGGCGACAAAAUGCGCGAGCAACGUGGUCAUAUCGGGCCCCUUAACGAACGGCGACCGCAUUAGGAUCAGGCCGGCGGACCCCAACGCCACCGUCGUCUUGCUGUCGACCUUCCAGAGCUUCUCAUUCUCCGUUGUGACGUCCCGGCUUUGUGUGAAUAGUGUCUAUUGGAGGAUCCGGUACGACCAGCCAUCCGGCCAAUACUUCUUGAGCUCCGACGAGUUUGUCUCCGACAUUAGCGGCCAGUUCAAGAUUGAAUUCGUGUCGGGCCGUGACGUUUACAAAAUCACUUAUUGUCCCUUUGGCGGCCACAUAUGCUACAACGUUGGCAGAUACUACGACGAGUCGGCCCCGGCUCUGCGUUUGGCUCUCGAUCAAGAGUUUGCAUUCUCUGUUAAGUUCGUGAAAGCUAGCGUCUGAUUUAUGGAUUGAUGGUUAGUUAUGCUAAAUAAGUGACGUUAGUUGCAGGUUGGUUUGACAAUGUACAACAAAUUCUCAAUUGUUGUCUUGUGUAA